AUGGUGGUUCAUCAGUUGGCAUGGGAACCACUCCUGGAGGCGAGCGGCGUACGCCCCUGGAACGCAUCUGCUCCCGCUUCAGCUUCGUCCGCCACGCCAGACUGGGCAACGAACCUGACACAACUUGUCAAAGAGCAGCAUGCUCUAGCAGAGAAGUCUGUCUCUGAAAUGGAGGCAUGCAAGAAGCAACUGGAAACUGCCACUGCGGAGUUGCAUCGCCUCAAAGCAAAGCAAACAACUACUUACUCCUUUCGUAAGGAGAGCUGCAAGGAGCAUCACGACUUUGUGGACCAGGUGGAGGCGAAGCUGGAGGACGCGGCCCGGACCAUCCCGGAUGGACCUGCCAAAACCGCCAUCAUGGAAGCUAUCGUCAGUUUACUAUCUGCAAAAUGCAUAGAGAAAACCACUGCUGACAAGAUCAGCAUUUGUAGCCCUCUAGGUGUAGUUGAGCAGAAAAAGCUGAGGCUGAUCCUAGACCUGCGAUAUCUCAACAAGCACCUCCUGGCACCUAGGUUCAAAUACGAGGAUAUCAGCACCCUUCGAACCAUGUUUGAAACGGGGGAGUAUUUUUUCUCAUUCGACCUGAAGUCCGCUUACCACCAUAUCGACAUUGAUCCCAGGUAUCACAAAUAUUUGGGAUUCAAAUGGCGAGGAGAGCUCUACACAUUUACAGUGUUACCUUUCGGACUCUGCACCGCACCACAUGUAUUUACGAAAAUCACCAGAGAUCUGGUGCAUUGGUGGAGACGCAAUGGUCACAAAUUGUUCAUGUAUCUAGACGACGGUGCGGGGGCAGAAUCGUCACAGACUGCUGCUAGUAAGCUUGCUGAUAUUGUUCGGGCAGACAUCCUGAAAUCAGGUUUUAUUCUCAGUGAGAAAAGCCGAUUCACACCAUCACAACAGGGAGACAUGCUGGGCUUCCAUGUUGACCUGGCCCAGGGCACCAUCAAGGUGACCGAAGCGCGCGUAGAGAAACUCUCGCACCUCCUCACCACAACAAACCUUGAUCAUGCCACAGCCAGAGAAGUAGCCAAGAUCGCAGGCUCCAUCAUCUCAAUGAGCCCAGCUUUCGGUACGGUAACACGGCUACAAACUAGAGCAAUGUAUGAGGCUAUCUCCACAGCCGCCUCGUGGGAGGAGAUUGUACAUGCGACUCCCCAGCUCCGCAAUGAAAUCACGUUUUGGUCGGAAAGCUUCCAUAAAUUCCACGGUCGCCCGCUGAGGCCCCUCGUAGCAGCUUCUGCAGUUCUCACUUGGUCCGAUGCCAGCGAAACUGGGUGGGGCGGAUACUCCGUUUCAAAGCUCGGCACCUGCGUUGCCAGAGGACCGCUUCCACCAGAGGUACGUGAAACAAGCAGCACUCUCCGUGAGCUCAUUGCCGUUAGAUACGUGAUACUAUCUCUAUUACCAGUCUUGUCAGGAUGCGAAGUGAUCCACCGAUCAGAUAAUCAGGCGGCAGUCGCGAUAAUCGCAUCUGGCAGCAAACACCCCCAUCUUCACGACGAAGCCCUGGCACUCUUCCGUAUCUGCAUCCGACAAGGUAUCACGUUCCGGGCAGAGUGGAUACCUCGGGAAGAGAAUGAGAGAGCUGACUUCUUCUCAAAGGUGAAGGACCAGGACGAUUGGCAGCUUGCGCCAGACGUCUUCCUAAUGCUUGACCGGAAAUGGGGCCCACAUACAAUCGACCGCUUCGCUACUCCGCAGAACGCUCAGAUGCAGCGCUUCUGCAGUAGAUGGUGGUCCCCAGGCUGCACGUCUGUGGACGCAUUCUCCGUGAGCUGGAACGACGAGAACAAUUGGAUCGAACCUCCAAUCCACCUCAUCGGUCGCACGAUUCGCCACAUGCAAGCUUGCCACGCAGACGGCACUCUGAUCCUCCCUUUCUGGCCUUCGGCCACAUGGUGGCCACUGCUAUGGUCUCCAGCGGGCUUCCGAGAUAUGGUGGUCGAUCAUAUGGUCAUCCCGCCUCGGGAGAACCUUUUCAUCUCGGCCCCACAACAUAUCCCGGGUUGGACGGCACUGGAGCAACUAGCGAAGGAGGACAGCGCUAUCGGCAAGCUGAUGCACCUUCUGCCGAAAGUGAUGCUGUGCGGGCACGCACCCUCGACCGUUCAGACGUACGCCAGAGGCUUCAAUCGCUGGCAUGCGUUCGCAUCAUCAGCCUCCCUCACCGCAUUUCCCGCUGACGGUCUUCACGUUGGCCUCUACCUUGUCCACCUACUGCUGUCAUCCUCAUCACCGGCACCCGUUGCCACCGCUGUUGCAAGCAUCUCAUGGGUGCACCAGAAAGCAACGCUCCCAGACCCCACCCGACACGCAUGUGUCGCUCAGUGCCAUCGGGCUGUGCAGAGAUUGCUUGCGCGCCCUGUCAAGCCGAAGAAGGCACUCGUGUCCACGGAAGUGCAGCGCAUCAUCGAGCACUACUCCGACUCGUCCACUUCCCUGGAUGACCUGCAGACAAUCACCCUCAUUGUCUUGGGCUUCUCCGCAAUGCUGCGAUGGGACGAGCUGCACCGCCUGACGCCUUCCGACAUCAGUUUUACAGACACCCACAUGGUGAUCUCGCUGCAGCAGAGAAAGAACGACCAGUUUCGCAAAGGCCACCAGGUGUAUAUUGCCAGAUCUGGGCUAACCACCUGUCCCGUCGAGCUGGUGCAGCGCUUCCUCACCGCUGGCAAGCAUCUGCCCCACCAGCCUCUAUUCUGUCGCUUGGGCAGCUGCCGCAAGCAGGCCAUACUGAGGCCUAUCGCCAUCAGCUACUCGUGCGCCCUGGAGAAGGUGCGAAAAUGCCUGGCCAUCGUCGGCCUUGACGCCAAGGAGUACGGCCUUCACAGUAUGCGCUCUGGAGCCGCUUCUACUGCUGCCAGUGCUGGGACCGCUGACAGACUAAUCAAGCGACAUGGUGGUUGGAAGUCGGACUCCUCCAAGAAUAGGUAUAUAGAGGAGUCGCUUCCCCAGCUCCUCCAGUUGUCUCAAUCUCUUGGCCUAUGA